AAGAUAAUCAAAUUUUUAACAGUCUCAUAAAUAAUGGCUGCUCAAGGCGACUAUCAAAUCAUCCGGGGCCUGCCUCUGCGUCCGGUUGUUGAUCCUGAUGAUUUGACAAAUGAUAUGUGGAAAGGUGUUUGUAAAAGGAGUGGUAUAUUACGAGGCUGGAUUAUGAGUGAAAUCAAAGGACCCAAUAAUAAAACUCAUUGGGUAGUGAAAAGGGCUCCCAAACCUGUGCUAAAACUUGAUGAUCGCGCUCGCGACUUUUAUAAAAUACAUGACGAGGAUACAUUCAUUUCAGUCUGUACAAAAUACAAUCAAAAACGAACUUAAGUUUGCCUUGACUGCAAACAUCAUGAGUCCAGUCGGCGGCCUCACUGCCAGUGGGCAUCAUAGUAGAGGUUCCGAAGUGUCUAGCACUGCUCAAAAGACGAGUCUCAAUGGCGGUAUCUCAAUUGAAGCGCAGGGGGGCAAUCCUCUGGUUUGUUGGACUCCUCCUGAUUGGGUGCUCUCUGUUGGCUCUUAUUAUAACUGGAGAGUGAUCAAUCAAGAUGAUACCUAUACAUUGAUCGAUAUCAUGUACCAAUACCAAGCCCUCCUAGACAAGGACCAAUCGUCGACCGCUCUAAAGGGUGCCAAGAGACUAAAGGAUAUUGGAAAAGCGAUCGAAAAGGAGAGUCAAAAGAAGCCUAUGCCUCCAAAAAUCCCAAAUUCCCAAGCACAACAAGGUCAGCAAUACCAGGUCUAUAAAAAGCCACAUACCAAAGGACGCUAACUGCAUGAACUUCUUGGGCGGGCUAUAUCAUGUGUAUCCCGGCAAUUGUCAACAUGAGUUUGUAAAUAACCAUUAAAAUCAAAAGAUUCUUGUUCAUGAGGGUAAACCAAUAACAUUAGCAAAGCUAGGAGCAGGGUUGAUGAAUAGUGGAGUGGACCAGGAGUUAUAUACUAAAUGCUGGAAGCUUGCCGCCGUU